AAUCGCUAGGCGGUGGUUAAGCUCCUUAUAGAGGAUUAAUGUUUAGGCAGAUAUUUAGACCGAAUUUUUACUUUUUUAACAUCUAGACCAAUGCUUUGGAAGUUUGUUUGUUUCAGCGUACUGAGAGUUUCUAAAGCUGGACAAGUAGCACCCUUUGAUGAGUCUGAAACUCAAGGUUUAAAUGGUGUAACCGAGUGCGAACCAGUUUGUGUUCUUCCUCGCGAGGCAGAAGAAAGAGAAGCACCUAGGCUUCUACGGACACCUGCACGCUUUCGUUUAGCUUCUUGUAUAUCUUCUAUUCAGUUGAUUGGAAGACCUGAUGCUUCUCAGGGGGCGGCAUUGAUAACUACAACGGGAUCAGCUGCGGGAAGACCCUCGGUUUUCAUCUUAAGUCUUGCUGAGGAACCGUACAUGGUCACUCGGAGAAGCCUCCAAGGGGAUGUUUCCUCAGAGUGUCCCAUUUGGACAGCUGAUUGUGAUAGGAGUGGGAGUCGUGCAGCUAUUGGUACCAACCUAGGAGCCGGUUUGGUUGAUUUGGAAACAGAAGCUGGUUCUUACUUUCUCCCAAGUGAAAGCCAUGUUUUGGUUCUACAGUUUCAUCAAUCGGGAAACAUUGUUCAUUGAUUGUGACGGUUGAUCUACGUAUGAGACCAGGCACCCUACCAUUUUUAUCUACUACAAAAUAGUCAUACUAGAAGUCUAGGUCCAUAUAUUCAAAUAAUUUUUUUUUAUUGUUUACAUUAAUUUAUUUAAUGUAUAACAUUUCUAAAUAAUUAUAAGGAUAUUAAUAAUAAAUCUAUUUUAACUA